AUGGAUACCAAAACUCCAGAUCCGUCUCCCGCUCAGGGCGUUGGCCCUGUUUACCAACCCGACGGCGAGAAGCCUACUGCAACUGUGUCUAAAGAAGUCUCCUACGAGAAUGUCCACGUGCUUUCCCAAACCCCCCAGUUAAUUGCUUUAUUGACGAUGAUUCGCGACAAACGGACCGGUCGCGCAGAUUUCAUUUUCUACUCCAAUCGAAUUAUCCGACUACUGGUGGAGGAAGGCUUGAAUCACCUGCCUGUAGUAGAGCAAUCGGUUACUACUCCCGUCGGGCGUGACUACUUGGGUGUCAAAUUUGAAGGAAAGAUUUGCGGUGUAUCAAUCAUGAGAGCUGGCGAGGCCAUGGAACAAGGAUUGCGGGACUGCUGCCGAUCCGUUCGAAUUGGCAAGAUACUGAUUCAAAGAGAUGAAGAGACUUGUAUGCCAAAGCUCUUCUAUGAGAAAUUACCCACUGAUAUCGCAGAUCGAUGGGUGCUGCUCCUGGAUCCCAUGUUCGCAACCGGUGGCUCCGCAACAUUGGCCGUUGAGGUACUGAAGCAGAAGGGUGUUCCUGAGCACCGAAUUCUCUUCCUCAACUUGAUCGCAAGUCCUUCUGGGGUUGCAGAAUUUGCUGAAAGAUUCCCCAAGCUGCGUGUAGUCACAGCCUUCAUUGAUCAAGGACUAGAUGACAAAAAGUGA